AUGGAUGAAGAGUGCAUACAAAGCUCAGCCUCAGCCUCAGUGGAUUUGAUUUUCAAGUUUGAAAAGAUUCUUCCUGGAGUUGAGAAAUCUGCUUCUAUGUCUCCUGAUCGAGUGAAAACCCCAAGAAUUCUUGAGAAUAAGAUUGAAUGUCAGACACCGGAGAAGAUAAACGAGCCUUUAAACACCAAAUACCACGAGGGGCAAGUCCAACUUCCAGAUCCAAUUUUCCAUGGCUUCUACUUCUUUGACCAUAUGAAUUGUUCCUUGAGGUUGCUUCGUCUACGUAAAAGGUCACCAACUUUUCAAAAUAUUUCUACUCAGGUGGAAGUCCUAGCGAAACGAAAGUUCUUGUACAAGCAUCUUGCUCAAAUGAAAUUUAUACUUCCUGAAGCCAUAAAGAUAGAUAGAAUUUUGGUGCAGGACAAGAAAACUCCAUGCAUGAAGCCAGAUAUGAAUAUCACCUUGCUAUUUGAUAUUGUGGAAGGUCACCGUGAAGUAUCUGACUUUAUAGCUGUGCGCCAAGUUUUUGCUUCUAGGCUCAUUAAUUUCUUUGCCAUGCAUCCUGAGGCUUGUGAUGUUCCAGAGGCCAUAUUGCCGGAGCCUUUUAGCCAAAGAAGAGAGAUACCUGUCCUGGAGAAAUUACCUAUCAAUUCUUCAAUGGAAUUUAAAGCAACUUCAAAUGAAACUGAGCUGUUUUUAGAAAAAGUUCAUCCAUAUCCAUAUGUGAGCAGACACUUCUCUCAGAAUGCUGUUGUUGCUGAAGCAGAAAAGGCCCAACUCUUAGCAUCUCCAGUCCCCUUGCCAUCUUCUGGCAGUAUGAAUAACCAAGGUAUUAAGAAUGAGCAGAAGAAAGAAUUUCCUGUUCUGUCUUCCAAACCUGAUAGUAUAACUGAGCUAGAUAUCAAAAAGGGGCAGCAGAACAAACCAUGUUCCAAGUUCAGUAUUAUCAGCCACUCAGUGCAGCUGAACCACCCUCAACGCUCUAGUGCUUCCAGUGUAUCAGAAAGCCCUCUUGUAAAGCUCACCUCAUCUGCCGAUAGUAUCAUGAUAGAAACACCUACACCCUUGACACCAAGGAGAUCAAUGCCCAGUUGUGACGCCAAGCAUGUGACCAUGAACAGCCAAUCAGAAUCAUGUCAUAAGCCUGCAAAAAGAAUUCUAGACUUCUCACACUUGGAAGGUAAUAAAAUUUCAUUGGACUGCACUGCAGAUGAGUCGGACUGCUACAAAGUUGUAAACAAGAACAUCCCUAAAACUAAAGAAGGACUUUUUGAGGAUGGAAAUGUUACUUGUUCUCUGGCAACACUGGAGGUUGAGCAGAUCCUUGGUUGCGGUAAUGAGGAUCUCGAGAAGAGCCAAAAAAGUGCAUUGCUGUGCCAGCAGAUGUCUGCUUGCCUGGCUGACUUGGUUACUAUAAUCCACAGUAUAUUCAAGUCUCUUAACUGGUCUCCGAUCACAAAAGAGGAGCUUGUGCACAAGAUAAUUAUGAAUAACUUUGAUGUUGUUGAAAGAAGCGAAGUUGAAGAACAGAUUGAUCUUCUUGAAAGCCAUGUUCCAGAUUGGAUACACAGGAAGUCUUCUGGUGGCGAUACUAUGUACAAGGGUGGAUUUGGAUUCGAAAGUAGUGUCGUAGAUCUUGGAUCCCGCCAUAUUGUUUAG